ACGGAUAUGACAGCAAGAUGAAUAGGACGAGCGAAUUGUUUUGAAGGCGACCGACAAGUAUAAAGUGCUCAUUCAGACCGUGACAUGGCCAGUCUUCAUUUAAGGACCAUCCGUGCUAUAUAUAAAGGGAAAAUGUCAUCCGAAGCAUAUAUUUAACUUUUCGUUUUGUUGUGUCUUUUUGCAUUUUAUUCAUUGCUUCGAAUUUGGAUACGGAGUUCAAGAUGGAGUUACGUCAAUGGAUACUCGCUUUCGAAGUCUUGCUCGGAUUAGCUUUACAAGUCAUGUCAGACGCAUCUCCGGCCAAGAUUAUUGUUCCGCCCAAAGACAUGAAAGUGAUCGAAAAUGGAGUCGCCAUAUUCUAUUGCUUCACAACCGGAAAUCCCACACCGGAGGUCACCUGGCUCAAAAACGGCAAAGUGAUAGCAGCUGGAAAAAGACGCUAUAACAUUCUCAAUUUAAAAGGGGGGUCUUUACUGAGAAUGAGUCGGAUUUCGGCAAAGAAGGACACCAUAUUGAUAACUUGUGACGUCGGCAAUGGCGUCGGUCAGGGAGAAAGUGCCUCAGCAACAGUGCAUAUUUAUAAGACAGAAACAGAGCCUGAUGGUUUCCCCUUUAUCACAACACAGCCCAACUUCCGCGUGGUGGAGACUGGUCGACCGGUGGUCAUGACUUGUAGCGCUGCAGGAGACCCGGCGCCCACAGUGCGAUGGUUGAAGGAAUGGCAGCCAGUCGACAUGGAAGAACCGAGGUUUUCACUGUCUCCGUCCGGUAAUGGUUCUUUACGAAUCGAGCGCGCAAAAUCAUCAGACAGUGGAAAAUAUGAAUGUGUGGCGGAAAAUAGCGUGGGCACUGACUAUUCUUACAGUGCCAACCUCCACGUAAGAGGUGAGUCUAUCAGCGUCGACACAGACAUAGUUCGAAAGGUCUACCCCUACAUAUCAAGUUCACCGCCUGCCGAGAUGACAGUCGAAUACGGCGAUACUCUCAACUUGACUUGCAUAGCAUUCGGUAACCCUGAACCCAAAGUGUUCUGGGUCAGCGAAUUCAAAACUGUCUCAGCCAAUGACAAUGUUCCCUUCGGGAAGAAUAGUCUGAUCAUAGUAAGUAUGAGGAAGACGGGGAACUACACGUGUGUGGCCAUCUCGGAGCUUGGAACGACGCAGUAUACGACACAUAUCAAGGUCAAAGAUGCUGGAGUACGUCCUGUAUUCACCAUCAUCCCUCAAGACCAAGUGGUCGACGAAGGAGGGUCGCUGGUCCUAGAUUGUGAAGCGAAAGGGCGCCCCCAGCCGAACGUCGUGUGGAUAAAGAAUAACGACCAAAUCACUACCAAGGGAGACUCGUCGAAUGGCCGCAGUACGCUGUCCCUGACCAAUAUUACAGAGGCGGCGAACUACACUUGUGUGGCUGGGUCUCCGCUCGGGAUGGUCAGUGUUACGGCUGCAGUUAUAAUCAGGCAACAAGGUCCCGCGGAAAUCAUCAAGGACGACAUAGACAGUAUAAAGGGACUUCGUAAAAAAUCGACCACCUCAUCAUCUGUUACGCUUUCAUGGUGGCCACCGAUUCGCCCGGGCGUUUCCAGUUAUAUGGUAACAUGGGUUGAAGGAAAAGAUCCCAACAUUUCGGAUAUUACGACCAAUUUUACGCUCGGGACCAUAACAUUUCCGCCCGUUCCCGACCAGACCAACGCCUCCGUGGUGACCGUGCCCGACCUGUUGGCAGCAACGACAUACACAUUUUCCGUGACGGCCAUGUUCAAUGACGGAUCGACUUCCUCCAGUUCUGUUGUAUCAACAACAAGGAUAGAAGCUCCAGCUCUUUCUGGCGUUCCGCAAGUGUUAUCAACAGAACAGAGGACGAUUUGUACAAUCCACUUGGACUUGGCUCAAUUUAUCGUCCAAAUGCAGCCGGAGUACACCUACCAUUUACUGGUUGUCGUGCCGUUGGAGCGGCCCUCCCUGGACCCAGAUGAGAUACAACUCGAAAAUAUGACAAUGGCAGGGACCCCAGACUCCGCCUAUAUUACUGCUGAAUUCGGCGAUAAGAUACCAGACAAGUUCAUCCUAGGUGACGGAAAAGUAUAUGGCAACUAUGUCAAUAGACAACUUCUGCCUGAUAAAAAAUAUAGAAUAUUUCUUCGGGUAUAUACCAUCGAUCCGAAAACAUCAGAGACUGUACAUACAUCAACGCCAUAUUCCGAUGUUUUACACGGAGAUAAAUGUAUACGAAAUGGUAUCCUAAAGACGAGUACACAACCCCGACAGUACAGUGGUGGUCAUUGUGGUCGCUGUGGUGCAACAGCUUUAGUGCCGAGUGGCAUUCUCCUGGCUUUAAUUCUUCUGAGAGCAUUUUCAAAGCCUUGGUGAACCCAAAGAAGGCUCCAUUGUGGUGCUUCACUGACAAGUUUUUUCGGGAUCCUCAGUCAUUCCAAGACUUCUAACGAUUCAAAGUACAUGUACUCUAUAUAUGGACAAAAGACUGCCACAGCAAAGACCAGGAAUCGACCAAGUGAUUGGUGGCCUCAGUUAUAAAUCUCAAAAGGAUUCAUUUUGGAAAUAGAUCUGGCCGCCUUCUCCAUACAGGUGCCCAUUUUCUUUAUCAGUUAAGAUAUGGGUUGGAGAACUAGGCACUAAUUGUUGGACUCCGCACGAUGAGACAACAUAAAAAACUGCCAGUUGUGGUCCUAACUGUCUUCAGCAAGAGCAGAAUGGCAAUUCAGGUCAGGAUGACAGAUUUUGGGAGGCACGAUUACCUAUAAACUCUUCUGAAAAUGAGACAUAAAAAUUUAUAUUCUACUGAAAUUCAGCAUUUGGUUAUGUUGGAUCGAAGAUGUAUUGUAAUGACUUCCAAACAUGCCAUAUUCUAAAGCAUCACUUUACCGUUGUCAAUAUGGCGAUAGGUCAUAUGGCCUGAUGUCUCUCAUUGGAUAAAGAAUAGAUAAAGAUACUAGCGAAAAUUCACAGGAAUAAAAAAUGUACAUAUGUAUUAAAACACCACAAAAAAGAAACAACGCAUUGUCCGUAUUGUCAAUGAUCAUCCCAAGGUCCAAAAUCUCCCAUUGAUAGGAUUUUAUUGAUUCAGCUAAAACGGGAUUUUUUGGUACCAAGAAGGCUUCAUGAAAUUAACUUGUUGAUCAAAAACUUGAAAGUCAGAUGAUGUUGAUCAGAAACUUGAAAGUCAGAUGAUGGAAUUGGACAAUUAGCAAUAAAUGCAGGUUUUAAGAACUUCGUCAUAGAUGAAUGUAUUCUCGUCACCAAACCAUAAGAGGGCAUUGCUGGUACUGGCCAGUUCUGGUACACGCAACCAUCAAGAUUAUAGCCAUUAUGAAAACGGUGGACGAAGCUCCGAGCCACGCAUGUCCGCUGCAGGGUAAGAUUGAAGACUCGAAAAUUCGGAAGAUAUCUUAUGUAUCAAACUUAGGUAUAAUAACUCUUAUAUGUCCCAUACAUAAUGUACAAUUAUGGAAAAGCGUUUUACUUAAACUGCAUGCCUUUCAAAAUGUAGGUUUAGCUUUAAAGUGUAUGUACUUUCCUUUGACAAGGCAGUCUUUUGAUAUACAAAUGUACUAGUAUCCAAUAUUUGAAGAAUGGAAAUUUUGACCAGGGACCACAAAUCGAGCUAAUGAGAAUCAAGUUACUUAAUGGAGUCUAAUUCAUACAUAUGAAGUACCAAACUGAUGCCAUUUAUCAUGUUCAUUACUUCUGUUCGGGAUACAGAAGGAUGUCAUGGCAGAUCUGUAUCAUAGAACCACAGUUUGCUUUAACAUGAAAAAUAAGCAAAGAGAGGACGGAAGAGGCGGAUGCUGGACCGUUACACAUGAUGCUAUUAAGCAAAUAGAAAACACGGAAAGUCAUGUCUUUUGGCUUCACUAGAAUAUAGUGUGCAUGUUAUGAGGGGACGGAUGCAUUUUUAGGGAUGGCCCAAAGAAUUGUUGGGAUUUUCAGGAUAGACACCCUAUUUUCUGUGCAAUUCGGAAGAAUUGGAAGUGCCAGAAAAUGAUGUGUCGAGAUGAUAUGCGCUGGAAUAGCCUGUCGGGAAUCGAUCGGUACGAGGCUUUUUUUAUGGGACGUCGGACAAGUACCCGCUUCCCUUGUAACCUUCUUAGAUGUACUGUAGAAUCUCAUUGUUGCCAUAAAAAAUAUUGAAUGUGUAAAUUUCGUAUGAGUGACCCAUCAAAUAGGGAAUUAAGAUAUUGUAAAUUAAUAAAAAAAAUAAUAUAU